AUGUCGGGACCCUCUUCGACAUUUCAAAACAAUUCACAACCUGAAGAAUUGUGUCUAGUUUGCCUGGAUAUUUCAACUGGUUAUCAUUAUGGAGUUCCCUCUUGUAAUGGAUGGUUUGUCCAAUUUUUUCUCUAGGAAAUUUUUCAUAAUUCAAAUUUUUCAGUAAAACAUUUUUUCGAAGAACAAUCAUGAAAAAUCAAUCAUUUGUGUGUCAAUUCGAAGGAAAAUGUCCAGUUGAUAAAAGUUUGUUAAUUAAUUAAUUAUUUAAUUACACAAAAAUCUUCUGAAAAUUUCAGGUAUUCGAUGUGCUUGUCGACAUUGUAGAUUUGAAAAAUGUUUGAGUGUUGGAAUGGAUAGAAAUGGUUCGUUUUUUUUUGAUUUUUGUUCUGAAAGUUUUCCAAACUCGUUGGAAUUCUGCAUAGCCCCAUAAGGGACUGGUUAUUUUUCGGAAUUAUGAAUUUUUUAUUUCCCCUAUUCUCUCAGUACCGUAGGAUUACUGUGGAUGUUCCUUGCGUCAAAAUGUUUAUUUUGAAAAUUCAAAAUGCAAUGAAGCAAUCUGAACCAGAUUACUGUAGAUUUUUGGUGACAUUCAAGAAAAUCUAGGUUUUUUUCCAGCAAUCCAGCAGAACCGCGAUCCAAUUGGUUAUACAAAACGAACUCGAAGAUAUCCCCCAAUUAAAAAAGUCGAAUCAAGUGAAGAAUGUUCACCGAUUCAGGUAACUGAACUUGAUCGAACUGAAGACACAUUUUUGACAAGUUUGGCAUCCACUGAACAAAAGUAAGUUCAUAGCUCAAGAAAACCUUGUUAGCAUAUUUAUUUUCUAACUCCUUUUUUCUCUAGAUGUUGCGCCCUUCGACUCGCUGAAUAUAUGCCAACUCGAAACCUGUUAGAUGCCGUUGUUGCGCCGUGUUUAUUGGUUGAUGAAGCAUUUAUGGCUGAACAUGCGAUUUUAUCACCGAGGCAUCGGAUUGGCGAAUUGCGAUUUGCGACACAAACUGAUUAUCAUUAUUGGCAUGAAAGAGAUUGGUUUGUGAUGAUUGAAUGGGCAAAAACAUUGCCGGUUUUUGAAAGUCUUCCAUUUGCAGAUAAAGUAAGUUGUGAAAAUUUGGGAGGGAUUAAAAGAGAUGAAAUGAGAAAUCGAACUUUUUUUUGAAAAAUUUACAGUAACCCUGAAUUUCUAGUCAGAUAAUUUUAGAAUUCUUCCGAAGCUUAGCCACGGAUACUUGAUUCUAUGAUCUCUAGACUUCGCAAACAAUUAGAUUCUUUAGGCGCAGAUACUUGACAUAUAGGACUUCAAGGCGUACCUUUAUCAACAUUUCGAUUUUCAGCUGUCACUUCUACGACACUCCGCAAUAACAUAUCCAUCACUUGUUCAUGUUUUCAAUUCUCCUGAUCAUGGACCAGAUACAAUUGUAUUUCCAGAUGGAUCAUAUUUCGAUCGAACAAAUGAACCAACAAGACCAUUAGGAUUCAAUAAAAAGAAAUAUCAAAUGUUGGAUCAAUUAUUGAAACCAAUGAGAAAAAUGCAAAUUGAUUUGACCGAAUUUGCUGCAUUCAAAGCCAUCUUCUUCUUAAAUCCAGGUUUUGAUGGGGGAACUGGGAGCAAGAUUUGCAUUUUGAAAAAAAAAUUAGAAAAAAUUAUCACCUUUCUGAACGGCAACGUAAUUUUCUCGUAGAUAUUUUAGAUGCCGAUGAUGUCGAUGCAGCAAGCAAAAAAUUAUUGGGAGAUGGACGAAGUUCAAUUACAAAUGCGCUCUAUCGAUAUAUGGUGAAAAAGAAGGGACCAGAUGAAGCUGGUGAUAGGUUAGUUUAAACUAGCAGUGAUCGAAUUAAUCGGACCUGGCUAUUCUAGCCCGAUUUAGAAACUCCUCAUUCUCUUUGCCUAACCCUUUCUCAUUCAGAUUUGGUGGACUUUUACUCCUUGGCACAGUUUUAGCAACAAUGGCUGUUGAAAUGAAAGAAGCUGUUUUGGUCGCUGAUUUCUUUGAUCAAAUUCAAUUUUCGACAUUCGCCAAACAAUUGUUAUUUGGUAUCAAAAGAGAGCACGGAGAAAUAGUUUAG